AUGGGGGCGGCUCUCGAUGGCACGGUGCCUGCAGAGCACCCCGACGCUGUCGAGAUUGGGAGUGACGGAGAACAUGCAGAUCAAGAGUUUCACCACGAUUGGCGUUUUUACCUAUUUGCCUGUACGAUACCGCAGCCCUUUUACGGUCAGGUUGUGGAAAUUUUCGGCCGCCGGGUCCCUCUUCUCGUCUCCGUGCUAUUGUUCUUCGCGGGGAGUGGCAUCGCCGGUGGAGCGCACAACGUCGCGACCCUGAUCGCAGGGCGCCUCGUGCAGGGCUUGGGGACCGGAGGUAUCAACGUGAUCCCAAAGAUCAUCAUUUGCGAUUUGGUUCCCUCUCGCCACCGUGGUUCAUAUUUCAGCGCGAUGCUGUCAACCGCCGCCAUUGCAAGCACUAUCGGCCCCAUCCUAAAUCUACCAAUGUCGGGAGUUUGCGCCAUAGGUGUUAUAGUAUUGCUCUUUAUAUUGCGCCACGUUGCCUUCUUAGGAAGUGUCAUCUUUAUCCCCUCAAUGGUGUUACUCUUCUUUGGCCUCAUAAUGGGUGGUACGAGCAGCUACCCCUGGCGGUCCGGACGCGUUCUUGCUCCCCUUGUUCUGGGAGUUGCCGGCUGGAUUGUCUUCCAUAACCGAACCUCGGCUGCGUCGUUCGCUCUGAUGUUCAUAGCCUCUCUCACAAUCCAGGCUGUCAGCUACUUCAUGCCAAUCUACUUUCAAGCUCUUAAAGGUGUGUCGCCUUUGACGUCGGGAGUUUACUUUCUCCCUUUUGCCCUCGCGCUACUGCCUUCUGGCGGUAUUUCUGCGGCCGUCUUGGCCAAAACCAGUCACUACAAAGCAUUCCAUUGGGCUGGAUUCGUGUUGAUGACGGUAGGCAUCGGGCUGUUCUCGACACUCGAUGCGGCGUCAAGCACUAAGGAAUGGAUUGGCUAUCAGAUUACCGUCGCGUGGGGAACGGGCUGUAUCUUCACGGUGUCGCACCCGUCGGCGCUCGCUGCACUGCCUGAGACAAUGAUGGCUACGGCUACGAGCACGUUUGCUUUCAUCCGUGCCUUCGGGCUUAUGUGGGUGACGACCAUGUCUUUGAUCAUCUUCAAUGGCCAGGUCCAGCAGAACUUGCACCGUGUCGAAGAUAGCAACUUGCAUCCGUUUCUAAAAGACGGAAAUGCGUACACGUUUGCUUCUGGCACCAUCGGCGGUCAGGUUUCGAUUGGAUCACUGCCCGAGCCAGGCAAAAGUCAAGUGCUGCGUCUGUACAGCGAAGCGCUGCACGUGGUGUGGCUCGUCUUCGUCGCAGUAGCGGGUCUGGGCUUUCUGGUUGUAUUCUUCCUUAAACAUAUAGAGCUACGGAAAAGGGGAGAGACGGCAUUUGGGCUGGCUGGCGAUGUUCAAGCGCCUAGUGAGGCACAAAAACAGGUCGGGGAAAUAUAG